AUGUAUCAGGGUGGUCAAAGGCAUGUCUCGGGCAACGAUCCCACGAGGCCUUACCAGCUGCCUCCCCCUCCUCCCCCUCCGACCUUGUCGCCUCCUAUGGUUGGGCCUCAGAUGAACAUGACGAGCCUGCCGCCUCCCCCGCCGAUGAGAUACCCUGCCGCGCCUGGGUCGGCCCAAGGCGUCAUGAUCCCACCACCGCCUGGCCCCCCUCCUGGAAGUAGCAUGAUGCAAUCCCAAAACUGGCAUGGAAACUUUGGCCGCCUGUACGAUGGACGCCCUGGCUAUAGCAUACCUCCGCCACCGCCAGCCACCAGCCAGCACCAGCCGUAUAAUCCCACCAAGUUUUACAAUGCGAUGCAAGCGGGACACGCCAUGGCUAUACCCCCCCCUCCACGCCCAAAUGAUGUUGGGAACGGAAUGGGUGCAACGUAUAUACCGACGGGGGAGACGUAUGGAGAGGGCGUGGGAAUACCGGGAUUUGGUCGGGAGGAAACGCAGAAUACGUGGCAGUACGGGGGAACACCGCAGAGCGGGACGGAGACCACCACAACACCUAUGGAUGAAAGGCAACAGCAGGUGUAUACGGGGGCAGCUCACGCCAAGGGGCUUUCAAACGCACCCAAUGCGCCCACCACCGCCACUGCGCCAAGCACAAUCCCACCAGAGAUAGCGGCGCAGUGGCCACUGGACAGAGUCUUACAGUGGCUGGCACAGAACCAGUUUUCCAAGGACUGGCAGGAGACUUUCAGAUCUUUGAACUUGUAUGGCGCACAGUUCCUAGAGCUGGGUAGUGCCCAUGGCGGCCGUGGAAACUUUGGUAUGAUGCACCAGCGGGUGUAUCCUCGACUGGCGCAAGAGUGCGCGAACAGCGGAAUGGGAUGGGACCAGCCGAAGGAGAGAGAAGAGGGUAAACGUAUGCGGAGAUUAAUCAGGAGCAUCGUCACUGGACGACCAGUUGAGGCUUCCAAAGCAGUUCCUGCGCACAACCGAAAGGAGUCUAUAUCUACCAACCAUUCCGCAUCUGGCCAUCCUACUGCGAGCUCAGAUACUACAGACUUUGCUGAGUCCCCAAUUGUGCCGCUCAGUUCCACGUUGGCAGCCAGGCGAUUUUCGCAGACUAGGCCACCGGCAAUACAGACAGCCAAUGGAGCCGACACGAAUCACAGAGGAAUGUUAAAGAACCUUGAUCUUGGACGCCAGAGUCCCACUGCCGAGCAGGGAACUCUUUGCUCGACCCCAGGCGGUAGCCCAGCUCCCCCGCCUACCCUUUCUCACUCAGUCACCACUCCGAUUCUUUCUUCUUCGCCAAGUUCGUCCAAAUUUACGCAUCGCUCUAGAAACAGCACCGAUUCUGCCGCAUCCAAUGCUGCGAUAUAUGGAUCUGGGCUUCCACCUGAGGCAGCUGGACUGCUGACCCGAGGUAUGAGCUUGGCAGAACUGAUGUCCGUAUCAAGAAAUCAAGAAGGCUACUCCAAGCCAGCCGAAUCUCCAUCAUCUGCCAAGGACUCGAAGACUUUCCUCAGCUUUCUAUCUAGGAAGAAGCGCCAGCAAGUAGACGGCGCUUUCCCAUCACCUGAUGAUCUUGACUCUCCCACGUCACCGGCAGCCCUUCAUAAGCCUCUAUCACUAGGGAUGCACGGCUCCGAUGUUAGCAGCGACGCUCAUCUGGAUACAUCUAGCAUCACCUCGCAAUAUAGGCCAAAACAUAGUGGCACCACUCAAGGCAGAAUCUAUGUUUUGGCCACAAUGGACCUGUGGAACUACCGAAUGUGCGACAUCACCGAUGCCGAGACGGCUGCGGACCUUCGCCGAGCAAUCUGUCUUAGUCUUGGCCUGCCCGACACUGAGAAUUCUUCCAUAUUCGCAACUGAACUGGGCCAAUUUGAACAUACAGAACCUCUGGAUGACCAAAAACUGCUAUCGAAUAAGCGCGUGAAGGCCGACUCUACGGGGACAUUGAAAUUUUUCGUCUCUUCACAUAGUGCGCUAACCCCGGGCUUGAGCAGUGAAGUGCCGACUUUGUUGUCACCAUAUGGCAACCCAGCGGGAAUAGACGAAGAGGCGUAUGCGCGCCUCAGUGGGCGCCAGAGAUCUAGCUCGUCCCCGCCUACGUCCCGAUCCAAUACGUUAAUAGGGGAGAAGUCAGAUGAGAAGGUCUCGGCCGAGCAGACCCUAGCUCAGGAGGCGAGCGAGUAUAGAGCCGAAUUAGAACGAAAGCAACGCGAGUACCUUGCAAAGAAGAAGCAAGCUAACAAGAAAGAGAGCCCGACCAUGCCACCAGAAUCAAUUGUAGGUUUUGGUAUCGUGGGAAGGAAUGUUGAUUUUGACCAGCCUCGAAACUCGCCGUACGAAGACAGGAAACCUGAUCAGCUCUUCCCUCAAAGACGGCCGCCGGCGCCACCAAGCGAUCCUUCUGCCACACUGAUCAAAGCCAAUUCACUUAGCAAGAAAACGGGGCGGAAUAUGACCGGCCUUGCUGAAGGACACACGGCGCCACGGCCGCCUCUGCCUUCCGCUGCCACUGAGCCUGAGGUAUCGGAGAAUAGCAAAAAGGGCAUGUUCAGCAUGCCUGCUGCAACUAAAGGCGGGUUUAUUGGCGCAGCACUUGUUGGCAUGGGUAGAAACCUGUCAGCCAUUGGACAGUCGACGGCCAACGGGCCCCGAGGAGUAUCUCCGAACAGAGCUGCGUCACAGCCAGUCGUAGCUGGCAACAGCUCACAGCAGCUGCCGAUAGGUAAGAAAGCUAUGUCUACUGUUAAUUUUCGCGAACCCAGCUCGGAUAGAUCUAGUCCUGGCUCAGUCUCUCCCAAGGUUCUUACUUGGAGCCCUAGAAACAUGUCUUUUGUUGUGCCAGACUAUUCACCUGCCCCUUCGCCCCCUUUGGCGAUGACAAUGAUAGAGGAUGAAGCAGUUACUAAGAUGAAGAUGAUAGGGCAACGCCCGCCGUCGCCGGCAGAGCUCAGCCCCAGUACAGCCCGGCAGCCGCCGGUGGCCAAUCCGCCAUCCCCUCCUCAGCCUACCAACCCAAAGUCUCCUGGUCCAGACCUGGACUUUACAGAUACCGAUGUUCAAUUCACUCAGCCAUCUCUUACUCCAAUGUCCUCGUCAUCGCAAGGUCGUCCGCCGCCGGGAGACGAUAGCGAUGACGAUUCCGAUGACGGGCUGUUUGCCAUUCCACUUGCUGGUAGGGGUAAAGGCAAAGGACCGAGUGGUGGAGAAGGCAGCGGGCCUGGGCACGCACAGAAACCUAGCUUGACUGUGAAUACUUCCCGGCCAAAGAGCAAGACGCUAUCAGUCUCCUUCACUUCCCCCCAAUCGAUAGGCGAUAACGCCGAUGACUGGUACAGGACUGGAAACGGAUCACGCCGAACUCCUGGAACCCCUGGUUCCGAACAAUGGGAGUCUGAUAAGGAGAGCAAACUUGGUCGUCGGAAGUCCUUUAUCGAGAAGGAUGUGUGGGCAAAUCGACCUGCCACUGACGAUUUGCUCAACAACCUCGACGACUUCUUCCCCAACUACAAUCUUGAUGAGCCCGUGCUAGAGGAUAGCGUCUCGACAUUGGUGGCGACUUCACCGAUUCCUGAAGUCGAAGAAUCGCCGCAGCAGAGUGUGCCUCCUCCAAUACCGGCCCCCGCGAUGUAUCAAGAUAACAUUAACCCCUCUCCCGCUGGCAUUGCAUCUUCUAGUCAAUCCGUCUAUGAUGGUGAUACUCUCGGCUCUGACGAGUCCACACUGAAGGCUCUGGAGCGCCGUCCAUCUAUACCAACUGUGGCACAAAGGAGCAUGAGGCGUUCUGGCGGGUUGGGCCGAAUGAAGUCUAUCCGUGAAGUUGCUCGGGGCGCUCACGAGGCUAACAAGCGGUUCACGCAUGCGCCGCACAACUCGGGCAAUGUUCCUACCAGCGGAAUCAUGCGUCGCAAGAGCACCAAAAUGUUCAACGCAAAGAUUGUACAGAUUCGCCCAGAUCAACGUGGCAGCAUGAUAUUCCCACAGGUUCCGCAGGACACCCUGCCGAAGCGCCAAACCACAUUUAGGUGGUUCAAGGGCGAGCUGAUUGGCAAAGGUACUUAUGGACGCGUGUACCUGGGUAUGAAUGCCACGACGGGCGAAUUCUUAGCCGUCAAGGAGGUGGAAGUCAAUCCUAAAGCCGCGGCUGGAGAUAAGAAUAAGAUGAAGGAGCUCGUGGCCGCUCUAGAUCGCGAAAUCGACACCAUGCAGCAUCUAGACCAUGUCAAUAUCGUACAGUACUUGGGAUGCGAGAGGAAAGAAGCCAGCAUAAGCAUCUUCCUAGAGUACAUUCCUGGUGGUAGCAUUGGUUCAUGCCUGCGCAAGCACGGCAAAUUCGAAGAACCAGUCGUAUCGUCCCUUACUCGUCAGACGCUGUCUGGACUGGCUUAUCUGCACCGAGAGGGUAUCUUGCACCGAGACUUGAAGGCAGACAACAUUUUGCUUGACAUAGAUGGAACUUGCAAGAUUAGUGAUUUCGGAAUUUCCAAAAAGACGGAUAACAUUUACGGCAAUGACAAGUCGAACAACAUGCAGGGAUCUGUAUUCUGGAUGGCGCCUGAGGUUAUUCGGUCACAGAACGAAGGAUACAGUGCCAAGGUAGACAUUUGGAGCUUGGGAUGCGUGGUGUUGGAGAUGUUUGCUGGACGACGACCAUGGAGCAAGGAGGAGGCUGUUGGAGCCAUUUACAAGAUUGCAAACGGGGAGACGCCCCCGAUCCCUGAAGAUAUCCAAGAAACCAUAGGGCACCUCGCGGUGGCGUUUAUGAUGGAUUGCUUCCAAGUGAACCCAUUUGAUCGGCCAACAGCCGACGUACUUCUUUCACAGCAUCCGUUUUGCGAAUUGGAUUCCAACUACAACUUUUACGAUACCGUCUUGUAUAAGAAGAUUAAGCCCAGAAACGCAUAA